CAUCCAGGCUGGAUGGAAUUUAGCAUCAAAAAAAGUCCUCUGUCUGUCCAGAAAGCCGUAAAGUGCAUAAAGAUGAAGCAGGCACCAGAAAUCCUUGGCAGCACAAAUGGGAAGACCCAGAACUGUGAAGUGAACCGCGACUGUUCUGUGUUCCUCAGCAAAGCUCAGCUUUCUAACAGCCUACAGGAGGGAGUCAUGCCGAAAUUUAAUGGCCAUGAUGCGCUUCCCUUCAUUCCUACUGAGAAGUUGAAAGAUCUUACUUCCCGUGUGUUUAAUGGAGAACCUGGUGCACAUGAUGCCAAAUUGUGUUUUGAGUCCCAGGAAGUAAAAGGAAUGGGGACGCCGCCCAACACUACCCCUGUCAAAAAUGGUUCUCCUGAAAUUAAGCUGAAAAUCACUAAGACAUACAUGAAUGGGAAGCCUCUCUUUGAAUCUUCCAUUUGUGGUGACAGCACUGCUGAGGUGUCCCAGUCAGAAGAAAAUGGACAAAAAUCUGAGAACAAGGCAAGGAGGAACAGGAAAAGGAGCAUAAAAUAUGACUCCUUGCUGGAGCAGGGCCUUGUGGAAGCAGCUCUGGUGUCCAAGAUCUCAAGUCCUACAGAUAAAAAGAUUCCAGUUAAGAAGGAAUCCUGUCCAAGCACAGGCAGAGACAAAGAUCAGCUAUUGAAGUACAACGUUGGCGACUUAGUGUGGUCCAAAGUGUCGGGCUACCCCUGGUGGCCCUGCAUGGUUUCUGCUGACCCACUCUUGCACCACUACACCAAGCUCAAAGGUCAGAAAAAAAGUGCACGCCAGUAUCACGUACAGUUCUUUGGUGAUGCCCCAGAGAGAGCUUGGAUAUUUGAGAAGAGCCUCGUAGCUUUUGAAGGAGAAGGACAGUUUGAAAAAUUAUGCCAGGAAAGUGCCAAGCUGGCACCCACGAAAGCUGAGAAAACCAAGCUGUUGAAGCCUAUUUCAGGGAAACUGAGGGCCCAGUGGGAAAUGGGCAUUGUUCAGGCAGAGGAAGCCGCAGGCAUGUCCGUGGAAGAGCGGAAAGCCAAGUUCACCUUCCUCUAUGUGGGGGGCCAGCUGCACCUCAACCCACAGGUGGCUAAGGAGGCUGGCCUUGCUGUGCAGACCUCCGGAGAAAUGGCAGCGUCCACAGGGCCCAGUGAGGAAGCUGCCGCAGACCCUGGGCCCAUGAGAGAGGAGGGUGUUCCUAUGAAGAGAAGGCGGAGAGUCAAACGGUCCAGCUCUGCGGAGCACCAGGAGUGCGACCCUGGCACAGAAAAGAGUUCUCCUCAAAAGAUGGUAGAGGCCGACCCCAAAAGAGGAGUGGGUUCUCCUCCUGGGAGGAAAAAGGCCACGCCCUCUACUCCAAGGAGCAGGAAGGGAGAUGCAGCUGCCCAGUUUUUGGUCUUCUGUCAAAAGCACAGAGAUGAGGUUGUUGCUGAGCACCCUGACGCCUCAGGCGAGGAGAUUGAAGAACUGCUGAGCUCCCAGUGGAACAUGCUCAAUGAAAAACAGAAGGCACGCUAUAACACCAAGUUUGCCCUCGUGACCUGCACCCCGGCUGAGGAAGACUCUGGUAACAUUAACGGGAAGAAAAGAACCCACACAAAGAGGACGGAGGACCCUUCAGAAGAUAUUGACAUUGAGGAUGUUCCCAGGAAAAGACUCAGGACAGACAAGCACAGUCUCCGGAAGAGAGAGACGACCACUGACAAAAUGGCCAGAGCCAGCUCUUACAGGGCCACGGAGGCAGCCUCCUCGCUCAGGAGCCAGGCAGCAACAAAAAAUCUGUCUGAUGCUUGCAAACCACUGAAGAAGCGAAACCGGGCUUCCGCAGCAGCAUCUGCAGCUCUCGGGUUUAGCAAAAGCUCGUCUCCUUCUGCGUCCUUGACCGAGAACGAGGUCUCGGACAGCCUAGUGGACGAGCCCUCAGAGUCUCCUUAUGAGAGUGCAGACGAAACACAGACCGAAGUGUCCAUCUCAUCUAAAAGGUCGGAACGAGGAAUGACGGCCAAAAAGGAGUACGUGUGUCAGCUGUGCGAGAAGACGGGCAGCCUCCUGCUGUGUGAAGGGCCCUGCUGUGGGGCUUUUCACCUCACCUGCCUGGGCCUCUCCCGGAGACCGGAAGGGAGGUUCACCUGCAGCGAGUGUGCCUCAGGGGUCCACUCAUGCUUCGUGUGCAAAGAGAGCAAGAUGGAGGUGAGGCGCUGCGUUGUGACUCAGUGUGGGAAGUUCUACCAUGAGGCUUGUGUGAGGAAGUUCCCUCUGACUGUGUUUGAGAGCCGGGGCUUUCGCUGCCCCCUGCACAGCUGCGUGAGCUGCCAUGCCUCCAACCCCUCACAUCCAAGGCCGGCGAAAGGGAAGAUGAUGCGCUGUGUGCGAUGCCCUGUUGCCUACCAUGGAGGGGACGCCUGUCUGGCAGCAGGGUGCACGGUGAUUGCGUCCAACAGCAUCAUCUGCACGGGCCACUUCACCGCUCGGAAGGGAAAGCGGCACCACACCCAUGUCAAUGUCAGCUGGUGCUUCGUGUGCUCCAAAGGGGGCAGCCUGCUGUGCUGCGAGGCCUGCCCAGCAGCCUUCCACCCCGACUGCCUCAGCAUUGAGAUGCCCGACGGCAGCUGGUUCUGCAACGACUGUAGGGCAGGCAAGAGGCUGCACUUCCAGGACAUCGUCUGGGUCAAACUGGGGAACUACAGAUGGUGGCCGGCAGAAGUUUGCCAUCCCAAAAAUGUUCCCCCAAAUAUUCAGAAAAUGAAGCACGAGAUUGGAGAAUUCCCUGUGUUUUUCUUUGGGUCUAAAGAUUAUUACUGGACGCAUCAGGCGCGAGUGUUCCCGUACAUGGAGGGGGACCGGGGCAGCCGCUACCAUGGGGUCAGAGGGAUCGGAAGAGUCUUCAAAAACGCAUUGCAAGAAGCUGAAGCUCGUUUUCGUGAAAUCAAACUUCAGCGGGAAGCCCGAGAAACGCAGGAAAGCGAGCGCAAGCCCCCACCAUAUAAGCACAUCAAGGUGAAUAAGCCUUAUGGGAAGGUCCAGAUUUAUACAGCCGAUAUUUCCGAAAUCCCGAAGUGCAACUGCAAGCCCACAGACGAGAACCCCUGUGGCUUUGACUCUGAGUGUCUGAACAGGAUGCUGAUGUUCGAGUGCCACCCGCAGGUGUGUCCCGCGGGCGAGCACUGCCAGAACCAGUGCUUCACCAAGCGCCAGUACCCCGAGACCAAGAUCAUCAGGACCGAUGGCAAGGGCUGGGGCCUGGUGGCCAAGAGGGACAUCAGGAAGGGAGAAUUCGUUAAUGAGUAUGUUGGCGAGCUGAUUGACGAGGAGGAGUGCAUGGCGAGGAUCAAGCAGGCACAGGAGAACGACAUCACCCACUUCUACAUGCUCACCAUAGACAAGGAUCGUAUAAUUGAUGCUGGCCCCAAAGGAAACUAUUCUCGAUUUAUGAACCACAGCUGCCAGCCCAACUGUGAGACCCUCAAGUGGACCGUGAAUGGUGACACGCGAGUGGGCCUGUUUGCUGUGUGCGACAUCCCUGCGGGGACAGAAUUGACUUUUAAUUACAACCUCGACUGUCUCGGCAACGAGAAAACGGUCUGUCGGUGUGGAGCCUCCAAUUGCAGUGGAUUCCUUGGGGACAGACCAAAGACCUCAGCAUCCCUUUCAGCAGAGGAAAAGGGCAAGAAGACCAAGAAGAAAACGAGGCGGCGCAGAGCCAAGGGGGAAGGAAAGAGGCGGUCUGAGGACGAGUGCUUCCGCUGUGGUGACGGUGGCCAACUGGUGCUGUGUGACCGCAAGCUGUGCACCAAGGCCUAUCACCUGGGCUGCUUGGGCCUGGGCAAGCGGCCCUUCGGGAAGUGGGAGUGCCCCUGGCAUCACUGUGACGUGUGUGGCAAGCCUUCUACCUCGUUCUGCCACUUCUGCCCCAAUUCUUUCUGUAAGGAGCACCAGGACGGGACAGCCUUCCGCUCCACCCCGGAUGGGCGGCCCUACUGCUGUGAGCAUGACUUGGGGGCAGAGUCGGGCAGGAGUGCCGAGACUGAGAAACACUUUCCAGAGCCCACCAAGUCCAAGGGGAAGAGGAGGAAAAGGAGGUGUUGGCGGAGGGUCACGGAAGGCAAAUAGCGCCAGGUGGCGGCAUGGUCUAAUCCAGGGGUGGCGUGGGGCAGCCACCCUGCCUGCAGGGAGGGCAAGCAUGGCAGCGCCCUGGGACCCAGCUGGCAGCCGCCGCGACAGACGUCCAGGCCUCCUAGGGAGGGAGCGCCUCCCCACUGAGCCACCCGCAGCUGUGCUGUCUGCACUGACAACCUCCCAGCCAUGAGCUGGACAGUCGGACAAGCCAGCCUGGCCCAGAGCGCCAGGCCACUGAGGCGCUGCGGACGUCCAUGCUCCCUCCCAGGCUCUGUUAGGCUGAAGUUGCUAUUGAAGAUUAAUGGGUGUGUGAAAUGUCUUUAUCUCACCAGAAGCGUGUAGAGUAGUGUUUUCUGCAGGGUCCCUGCUCCGCCCCACGCCGCUCGGCUUCUGCACAGUGCUGCCACCACUCAGGAGACGGGACUCAGGCCCUGGUUCCCACAGACCAUGGUUCUGAUCAUUUUGCUCUUUGGAAACAGCUUUUUUUUUUUUUUUUUUUUUACUAAUGUGAAUUUUUUCUUGGAAUGCUUCCUUCCUUCCCAUCCUGGUGACAGGCUGGCCCACUGGAGCGUGGAAGUGGUGGUGUGUUGCAAGCUCUCCUGCCAUCGUCUCUCUGUGGGUUUGAACCCAGUGCUGGUAACAUACCUGCCGUGGAUGUGCGGGUCACGAGGAGUGGCCUGUGUUCAUAGUGGGCCACUUCUCCUUUGGGUCUUUCUGAACACACUAGGUUCUAACCCACAUUUGAGGGGAAAACUUUGUAUAUUUUUUUUCAUUUGGAUUUUUCUUUUUCUUUUUUAAUCUGGCUUUUAUUCUCAAUGUAUUCUUGCUAAACCUGUUUCACAAACCACCACCAAAUGAAACGUGUGCUCACUGAUGCGACCCUGAGUUCUCUUUCAGAGGCAGUGCACUCAGGGCGUGUGCCAGACUGCUGAGGGCAUGGGGCUGCAGCAGGACUCCGUGGCUGGAGUGAGCCUUCCCUUUACUCUGUGGGCUCACUAGCCACGCUCCUCUUGCACGCUCUCCAAGGGCACCACAAGCAGCAGCACAUGGUCUCCGGUGGUCAGGCCUGGAGAUAAAAUUGGCUCUUAAUUAUUGAAAGACCCACAGAGAGAGCUGAGGAGUACUAAGUUGUCUCUGGAAGACCUGGUCCUUCCUUCCUGGGGGUGCCUCUUGUUUGUCCCGGGGAGCAUGGAGCACCAUGAGAAAGGGGGAACCUGCAGGCAUCCUGCAGGAGGGGGCGUGCACGGGUGGCAGGUACUGCUUUCUGCAGAGGUCUUGCCUGCGGCUGUCCUGCCCUGUGGACCCAGGACUGGCUGCUCUCCAGGGCUAUGGCUGCACUCGGGCACCAGGUGUAUGGGCCUGUUGGCCCAGCACCGCCCAGUGGGAGGAAGUUUGCUGAGCGGCAGCCAUCCCUUUGCUUUUCUCCAAUCAUGGUCCCCAAAAGUAACCUUAUCAAGGACCAAAAGAACAAGCAGCUCUGCAGUGGGCUGUGGCUCCCACAUGAGCAGGUCCACCAGCUAGGCCUUGGGAGGUUGUACUUAGGGCCUAACUCCACUCAAACUGUCCUCAGAAAAUGCUGGAUUUGGUUCACAGAUUUUCUGCUCCUUAUGCCUUGAAUUCAGAAGGCUAUUCGGUGACAGGCCAGGUAGCAUCCCCAUAUGCACACGGCCCCAGCCUUUGGAGCACAAGGCCCCAGGCUCCUCAGAUGGGUGCCUACCAGUGUUGUCACUUGUCCAAAAGAUACCUUCCUACCAGCCGAGCGAACAUGAGAAGUGGUUUUGCAAUGCACUUUGGGGAACAGAUUAACUUAUUUUUAUAUUGGCAGUUAGUAAAGUUUUAUGAUUUUUAAGUCACUUUGAUAUCUCCAAAUUAAACUCAAGCUUCCUAAAGGAAAUGCUGCAAAAAUGUUAAAUGAUUCCCCUUUUCAAAAACAAUGAGCAAAUAACACUAACUUUGAGAAUCUCUAUUAGAUCAGUUCAUAAAUCUGAGUAAAACAGGGCCUCGGGAUAGUGGCCAGGCAUGCAGCCAUGACUGGUGCUCCAACCUGCCCAAGUUCGUUCUGAGUCUGGGGGAGGAUUUGCUUUUGAGGAUUUGAUGGCUUCCCAGACAUCAGCUUCAGUUCUUUCUUGUUAAUGUGAAGUACAACAUGGAAAUCAGCCGGAUGCCCCAGCAUUCUUGGCAUCAGGAGUCAGCCUCGAUCUGCCCUGUGCACACCCCCAUGCAUAGGCAGCUCACAUGUGCAAACCUGGUGCCUGCCCAUGCCAGCACUGGCCUGUGAGGACAGGGGUGCCCCACCAUUGUGUGGCUUGUGGGGAAGUGUGUCUUGCAUGAAAGUAGUGAGGAUCCAGCUGUCCAUCCUUGGGGACAGCCCUCCUUUCCCCAGUGAUGCCUCCCGGGCCUCCCUGGGUCCCGGGGCGCACACAGGUUGGUGCUCUUGAGGCCUCUGAGAUGUUUUAUCAUGACACCUGAGCCAUGAUGUGCCCGUAUUUUAGAACCACCUUAUUUUCAAGGAUUCAAGAAACGUGUCGUCUUAAUUAAAGUACACAAACAGUUGUCAGUUGCAAGUAUUUCCAUCUGUGAGAGGUGUAGCUGGUGACUUGGUGGAGUAGAGCGCUGUCUGUUGGCGUCAUGGUGCCACUGUGGCCUGUCGAGCAGUGAGAUGCCGCGUCAGAAUGAACCAACCCUCAGUGAAGUGUGCCUGUCGGUGUCUGAGCUUCACGCAGGUGCAGGUUCCUUCUAGGAACACUGGGUGCUAUCACCAGGUUUGAUAGUUAGACUUUAAAACUUGAAAUUUUGGGGGGAAUAUACUGAAAUAUAGAUCUGAGAAUUGCCAGUUGGGGAAAAAUAGCAUUUAAAGUGAAAAGUUGUGUUUGGAAAAUUGUGUAUGAGUAUUUUUGUAUUAAAAAAAUUUCAAAGGCCCUCUCCUCACUUA